AAAAAUGUAUAUUUACCUCUUGGCUGGCCAUAUUGUAGAUUGUUAAAUUCUUUGUAGAACUAGAACUGCAAACAAUUGUUAGAAAAAAAAUACUAUAUAGAUAUAAUUUUAGUAUUAAAUUAGUACACGUAUAAAAAAUGUACCUACUGUGAGCUUAACGCCUGAUGUAUAAUUGAUAAGUGAAAUUAGCCGGUGUGUUUUUUCCCAUGUGUGUGAAUUGGCCAAUUUAGCCAGAUUAGUUUGAAAAUAAUUUACAAAUUUCCACAGUAGUUAAGAGUAAAUAUAUUAAUUUGACGUCAAUUGAAAAGAAAUCUUAGUUGUUUUGAUACAAUUUUUAUAGUUUUUAAAAUUAUUCAAAAUAAAUCAAUGGGAAAUUUAACAAAACAAUAAUAUAUCUGUAUUUUAUCGAAUUAUCGUUCUGAAAACACUUUAGUGAACAAAAUGCAACAAUGUCAGCCCUGACAGAGCAAGAAUACUAUAUAUACUACGAAUGAACUCGACAAGUAAAUGAAUGGUAGAAAAGAAAAACAUUUCUUUUUAAGAAAAAAGAAGUAAAUGAGUGAUUAUUGAAUGAAGAGUGGUGAAUAGGAAUGUAAUCUGUAUUAUUAAUAAAUUAAAAGUAAUUUGUGGCGGAAUUGAUUACCAAGAUUGAUUGUGAAGAAUUAUAAGAUAAAAUACAAAUAUUUCCUUUUAAAGAUAACAUACUCGUAUUGAUAAGAAUAAAAAGAAUUUGCGUAGCAUUAUUCAGUACCACAGAUUUUGAAUCAAUUAAAAAAGAGCUAAAUUGCAGUUAAGUGCUCCAUAAAUUACACCUUUGUCCGGGUAGAGUGCAGUUUAAGAAAGCUAAGGAAAACAUUCCAUAACUGCUGAAGGUUAAUUGGCACCAAUUGUCCUACCAAUUCGCAGUUGCAGCGAAUUUUGUGGUAUAUAAUCAAACCUUGAAAGAAAGUACGUGGUCCACAAAAUUUACACAGCUAUUAGCCAGAUUUCGAGUGCUACACACUUAAGCAAGGAAACAUCCGAAAAAGAAAUUAAGACUCAAUACUUUCCGAUUUAAUUAUGACCACAAUAAAUAUAAAUUCAAGAAAAAGUCCGAUGCUGAAAAAGCAGGGCACAGACCAGUGGGUGAAGCUUAAUGUGGGUGGCACAUAUUUCCUUACAACAAAGACUACGCUAUCCCGUGACCCAAAUUCGUUUCUAUCGCGUCUAAUACAAGAAGAUUGUGACUUAAUAUCAGACCGAGAUGAAACAGGUGCUUACUUGAUUGAUAGAGACCCAAAAUAUUUUGCGCCUGUGUUGAACUACUUGCGACAUGGUAAACUUGUUUUAGACGGUGUAUCCGAGGAAGGCGUUCUAGAGGAAGCCGAAUUUUAUAAUGUCACACAACUCAUAACAUUACUGAAGGAGUGUAUAAAUCAUAGAGAUCAGCGACCACAAGCCGAUAAAAAGCGUGUAUAUCGUGUAUUGCAGUGUCGUGAGCAAGAGUUAACACAGAUGAUCUCAACAUUAUCGGACGGUUGGCGUUUUGAGCAGUUAAUUAGUGUCGGAAUGCAAUAUACGAAUUAUGGGCCAUUCGAAAAUAAUGAAUUUUUAUGCGUAGUCUCAAAAGAAUGCGGCACAACGUCAGGUCGUGAAUUGGAACUGAACGAUCGUGCCAAAGUGCUACAGCAGAAAGGAUCUAGAAUUCUCGGAAUUUAAAGUAGAAAGAAAGCGAAUUCUCACACCUCCAACAUCCUCCCACACCACCCUAGAAACCGUAUAGCGAAAGACUUUGCGUAAUAGUGCCCCCCUCACAAAACGUACCACCUACCACAACCACCGCCCUCAAGCGCCAACACCAUAUAGCCACCAUCAUCACCAAAACACACACUCAUGUAACAUGCCCGCUUUAAACAACCAUCAGCAUUGUCACCUUAGGGUUCACCAAGUAAUACUUUCGAUAUAACAGACGGCAAUCACAGCUAACACCAAGCAACAUCAUCAAUGAUUCAAUGAUUGUAUCGCUUUAAGUGCGUUCGUUGCACACAAAAAAAGCAAAAACAAAGCAAUGCGUAGUUAACCACAUGCUCAGUAGUCGCUCACAAUGACACACAUAUACAUAUUUAUAUUAAUAUAUGUAUACUUGAAUAACUGCAAAUUUAUAAAAAAAAAAACGAUAUUAUAACAGUAUAUGUUUCAUAAUUCUACUCACAUGCAAAUUAUUAACAUUUAAUUGUGAUUAACUCAUUAGUUCAUUAGAAGCGCAGAUCUGCAAAAAAAAUAUUUUUUUGGGAAAAUUUGAAAAUUUAUUUAAGAAAUAAAAAAAGUUUCAAGCAUUGGUGUAAGUAGCAUGCUAGCAACGUGAAAACGCGUUAAAUGUGAAGUUGUCGAGUGAUUAAAAAAACAAUUUGUUUCCUUAAUAAUAAUAAAAAAUAAAAAAAUAACAAUAGCAAAAUAUAAAAAAAAAAUAUAUUAAAAACAAUACUGUAAAUCCUUACUUAUAUAAUGAAAAUGCAAAUGUAAAAAUUUUAUAGCAAGCGUCACGUUGCCGUUAGAAUUAUGGAAUGCUGCAGCUUAGUUGCAGAUGCAAAUCACGUCAGAAGUUACACACAAACACACAUAAAGUACAUAUUAGGAGAAAAAUUGAGAGAAAAACUGAAAAUAAUAAUCAGCAACUGUUAUAUACAAUAUUUUGCUAUUAAAAUGAUAUUACAGUUUUUGAAUAUGUAUUUCUUAAGUUUAUUAAACGCGCCUAGGCGCUCUUGUAACUUUGUGUGAGAUGCAAAAAAACAUACAUACAUACAUAUAUAUUUUAUUUUGCUACUAAUUGAAGAAAAAUUAUGCAAUAAUGUAUUGAAGUUAUAAGCCCAUAUACAUAUAUACAACUCCUCAUAACUGCAAAUAUGUAGAUGCACAAUUUUGAAGAAAUUAUAAAAUAAUACUAAUUCUAGCUUUUAUACAUUGCUGCUCAGUGUGCGUAUAAUCGUGAAAAAUUCAGUAAAAAAUAAGAUUACAAAUUGUUUGAAAAAACUGUUUCAAUAUUUUAGCUUUUGGUGCAAACUAUUUUACUGUAUUAGAGUAAAAGAAAUCUUGGUUUUGUUUGAGGGUUUAUUUAUUUUUUCAUACCCAUCUUUAAAAGACCACUAAAAAAUUAAUAUUAAGAGAAGACAAUUAUGUUUUACAAGUCAAAAGUAUUCACUACUCGCUAAAUAAAAAUAAAAAAAAAUUAAAAUUAUGAAAAAAAAACUUUUCCUGAAAAUAUUUUUUUCUAUUUUUGUAUUGCACAACCUUUGGCGUACUAGAUUUUAAUUUUUUCACAGAAUAUCUCGUCUAACUUUAUUUGAUGCGAACGUUAAAAGAGAUAAUUUAAGUUAGAAAUAAAUAUUUGAAUUGGAAACGUAAACAAUUUUCUCAUUGCAAUCUGUAAAAAAAUUAUUUUUUAAAUAAAUAAAUUUUAAUUUUUAAAUAAUAUUUAAAUUUAUUUGAAAUUUAAAAAUGUCAAAAUUAUAUUUUUUUUAAAUUUAAAUUGUAAUUUUUUCACGUUUCUUUUGUUUUUUUAAAUUACAAAAUAAAAAAUGGCAAAAAAUAAUACAAAUUUGGUUAUAGGGUUAUCACAAAAAAAAAAUUUAAUUAACUUUGUACCUACUGAAAUUGGCCUUUUUGGUUUUUAUACACAUUACUUUAUAUACAUACCUAACCUCAAACGAAAAAUAUUUUAACAUUUUAAAGUAAACAUUAGCAUUAUUUAACAAAUCAAAAUUUUCAAAACAAUUGAAAGGAUUUUCAAGUACUAAUGGAUGCAUUAAUGCAAAGAGCAUAUAUUUUCAAUUUAUAUUAUAUAAAAUUUUUUUUUGCAAUGCAAUACAAAUUACUUUUUUUUUUUUAAAUUUUAAAGUAAAUAAAAUUGUGAAAAACUCCAAUACUGAGAGAAGUUUGUGCCGUCAUGAAAAAAAACAAUAAAAAGUAUGCAAAAAAAAUUUAGCAACUAAAUAUAUUUUCCAAUUAUAUUAUAUACAUUUUCAUCAUGUAAUAACCAUUUAAAAAAUUACAAUUAUGGCUGAGUAGAAAAGUUAACUAAACUUCGAAUAUUUUUUUUUUUAAUUUAGUGUCUUCGCACACAUACUUACAUAUAUUUAUAUAUAUAUAUAUUUACAUAUGUACCUGAGCAGCAAUGUUACAUACAAAAGCACUAUGUGAAAACCAAUAAUAUUUUUGCAAAACACCUUAAUCACAACAAUGAACCGUUAGAACUAAAACAUUAACAUUUAUACAUACACAUACAUAUGUAAGCAACAAAUUACCAACACACAUACAUACAUGAAAUUGUAAAAGUGAAACAAUGAAAAGUUUCCUUUAUGCAUAGCAACUGUAAAUUUAGGCGCGAAACUCUUUAAGACGCACACAUACAUACACAUAAAAUGUUGCAACACAUAGAAAACGUUACGAAUGCGAAUUUAUUAUAUUAAACAUAUAAUUAUAAGUUGAAAUAUUUUGCACCCAUUCUACGCAACAUUCGUGCAACAUAAGCUUUACUUAUGUUUCGUUCCGUUAUGCCGCGUCUUGUAUUCACUGAAGUUUUAUAUGCUAUAGUCUAAAUAAAGCAAAUGUAGAAUUUACUCGUAAAUAAUUCCGACUGACUUAAAAAAAAAACAAAAACAAAAAACAAGUAAAAAUUAUAAACAAUGCUGCGCAUGCGCUCCCCACACCCUCGCUCCGAUAUGGCGUUACUUUGUAUGUGCUGGAGGAGCAGCAGUAGCAGCCAAGUGAAAUACAUAAACAAAUUAAAAUUUUAAUUAGAUAUGCAAUGAAACAAACAGAAAUUUACAUUUAACAAAAGUAAAUAAUUGAAAAUUAUUUAUAGAAAAAUUGUGGAACUCAUAUUAGCAAAGACAAAAUGCAUUGCGUUUGUUCGAAUAUUUAAGAAUUUUUUUUAUUUACAUAUAUACUUGCAUGCAGACAUACAUACAUAAAAAAAAAAUUGCCUCUACAUAAAACAACAGAUAUUUGUGUAACGUUAUAAGCGGCAAGAGCUUGUAUAAAUGAUAUAUUGAUUCAAUAAAACAAAAUCCUUUUUUCUAAAAAUA